CAUCGGUAGCGAUGGGCGGGAUUCAACUGUUCUAAGCAGCAAUCAGCGGUCGCUACAGGCAGAACGGUCAGUUGGAAGAAGUACGACGAGAUGGUCAUCACCAGGGAGUACCGAGUGGUUUUACCCUGUAGUGUUGAGGAGUAUCAAGUGGGACAGUUGUUUUCAGUAGCAGAAGCAAGUAAAAAUGAGACGGGCGGUGGUGAGGGGAUUGAGGUACUGAAGAAUGAGCCGUAUGAGAGAGAUGGCGAAAAAGGACAGUAUACACACAAAAUCUACCAUCUGAAAAGUAAAGUUCCAGGGUUUAUUAGGUUCUUGGCACCAGAAGGUGCCUUUGUAUUUCAUGAAAAAGCUUGGAACGCAUACCCCUACUGCAAAACCAUUGUGACGAAUGAGUAUAUGGAAGAUAAUUUCUUCAUCAAGAUUGAGACGUGGCAUAAACCAGAUCUUGGAACACAAGAAAAUGUGCACAAAGUAGACCGUUCAUCAUGGAAGGAAGUCACCGUUGUACCUAUUGACAUUGCAGACAGAAGCCAAGUUUCCUCUGCUGACUACAAGCCAGAUGAGGACCCUGCCAUAUUCAAGUCAGUCAAGACCGGAAGAGGACCACUUGGGCCUCAUUGGAAGAAAGAGCUGGUUUCCAAAACUGACUGCCCGAGAAUGUGUGCCUACAAACUGGUCACAGUCAAGUUUAAAUGGUGGGGCCUGCAGGGUAAAGUGGAGAGCUUCAUCCAUGAGCAAGAGAAGAGGAUCUUCACAAACUUUCACCGUCAACUCUUCUGCUGGAUUGACAAGUGGGUGGACCUAACAAUGGAUGACAUUCGGCGGAUGGAGGCAGAGACCCAGAUGGAGCUGGAUGAGCUUCGCAGUAAAGGUGAAGUAAGAGGAACAAGUGCUGCCGACGAUUAAAGCAGCAAAGGAUUUUAGACAGCCACAAUGGCGGCUGCUAAUAGGGCUUCUUCUGUGGCACUUUUUACCCAUAUCACUUUGGAGAUGGAGACCUGUAAUCAAUAGAGCAGAUCCCCAUCCUGUACCCAAUCAUAGGCCAUCUGUCAUCUGAGCAUGAUGAAUUGAUUACUAGAAACCACCACCAUCUUCACUGGCUUAAUUUACAUUUCUCUGCCUUGUGGACGGAUAUGAAAACAAAUGUUUUGAUCAAGAUGCAUUUCACAGAAGCAAACUGAUCUGCUAAAACUGCUGUUGGCAGAUGCUGGACCAAAUAUUUCCUCCGUAUUACCUUGGCUCUUUGUGUUUUUAUUCCCAAAACAUUCUACCUAAGUGCUAUAUCUCUCACUGUUUUAACUUGACACGCUGUGGCUCUACAGUAUGCAUUCCUCAGUGUUUGUGUGUCAUACUCGUGUUCCUUCCUGUUGCUCCACAGCACUCAUUAAGAGAUUACUAACACCUUUUUCACCUCAGCCCAUUGUAAUCCUUCCAUCAUCAGCCCACCUAACCAAAAGCACUGCAUCUUAUUAACACUGACAAUCAUGCCUGUGCAGGUCUUCAUAUCCACUCCGCACGAACACACACAUGCAUGUGACGCAUCAUAAACAGGCAUAAACAGACAUGCGCGCACUCACAGGUUCAAAUGCCUUUGCAGUGACUGGACCUCUCAAAGAACCUUGGCAGAUACACGCAGGCUUGAUCAGCCAGGCAAUGUUAAAGGGAUAGUUUGGGUGUUUUGACACCCCCAUAAGCAGUGAAGUCCGUCAACAGCGACUCACUCCCCACUUUGUGAACUGAGCCGACUUCAGCAGUGGACAGGCUGGUGCAUGAAGUGAUACAACAGCAGAGAAAAUAAUGCCGAGCAAUUUGUGAGCUCUGAUUUUUUUCGAGUAGUCAUUUUGUGAUGCAAACUUAUUGUGCUUUUGAUGGCAUAGUGUUUUGAGAAGAGAGAACUGUGUAACUGUCCCCAGCAACUAGCCGAACUCUGCUCAGGACACAAAGUAGGAAGUGAGUCGCUGUUGACAAACUUCACUGCUUAUGGGGGUGUCAUGUAACUUCAUGUCAACAAUCUAAACGAUCCCUUUUGAUUUGGAUGUUUCUUCGCAUUUCCCCAACACAGUCAUGCUUUGCAUACAACAUGGAAUUCACCAUGGUGCAUGUCCUAAGGGGAAUGGUGCUACUCCCCUUAGUUUUCUUUCUCUUGCCCAUCUUUACACUCCAUUUUAGCGCCUCCCCCAGUUCGUCCUAGUAGCCUCAUUCAGCUGGUCGAGCAGACAGUGUCCAAUCAGCCUGGUGUGUUUACAUAAGUGCUAUCAGUGCCACCUGCAACUUGCCUUAACCUCUGAACCUUUCGAACCUAUCAACUACUGUAACUCUGCAACCAAUUGCUCGCUUUAGCUACCUCGCUUGUUGGUGACUGACACCUAAAGGUUAGCACUUGCUAUUACUGUAGCAGCUACUUGUUGGGAGUUGGGGGAUUUGCAGGGCUGCAGUUUAAUUUCGUGCUGUGUUACUUUUCCUCCAGUGUAAUUUGAUUUCAUGUUUUUUUUCUUUUGUGAGUUCUCUCAAGUUCCACCGACUAUUUGAUAUGCAUGCCAUAUUAAUGAGCUCUGAGUUUCAACCCCAUGCACUUUCCGUAUAGCCUGUAUAAUCUGGUAAGGGCUGUCAGUUUUUUUUUUAGUAUUACACACAUGUACUGUUCAUAUGGUUCACUCCUUUCAAAAUUGAUUCUCUCCCAGAGUUUAUUUUUAUGUGAUCACGAGAACCAUAAGACAUUUCAUUCUUAUUAGUCCUACAGAUCCAAAGAGUGUUAAUUCACUUGUUUACAGCUGGUAAAAUAGGACAAUAAGGCAGCAAUUAAAGACGUUCUCGAUCUUUUUGAUAUUGUUGGCCCCAACAAUUUAUUUUUUACACCUAAUAUGCUUUAAUUGGAAAUAUUUUCAGGUACAAAGUGAUUGUUGGAUAGCAUGAAUUGUAAAUUUGUCUUUAGAUAAGUGUUUCAGAAAAACCCUCAGUGUAAACUGUGCAGUACAUUUACAUGUCAGUGAUUCCAGUGUCUGACAAAACCCACUGGAAAAAAAAUUCAGCUCAGCUGUCAGGAUGGACAUCUGGAAAGAGAUGGAAAGAUUGCGUUCUUGCAUCAACUAUGCUCUCAUGUCCUGAAUUAUGAAAUAUACAACUGAAAAGAAUUCCAAACGCUUUUUUUGUUUUUUAGAUGUUUUUGAUUUUGAUAAUCAGGGGAACACUGUAAUGAAUGUAUAAAUGUGCCUUUUCUGCCUUUAAAUCCUGAAAUGACCUUAAGUAUAUGUUAUCUUAUCCAAUAAAUUUUGAGGAAAAAAAAUUAUCUUGUUUGUAAAUUUUGUCCCUUGGGUUUAUGUUGCAACUUACCAUUGGCUUGUGGGUUAUCCUGAGGUUUCU